CUUUGCAAGUGAGGAACAAGGGAACAGAACCAGGAACACCCCAUCAAACACACACGGCAAGAAGUGAAGUGUGUUUAUCAUCAGUAACUUGACUUUUUGCUUUGUUUUUGCGUUAAAACGCGACUUUGACGUUAAGCUGACUUUUUAAUAGACAAGUGCAUGUUAUCCCUCUCAUGCUGGAUUGAUUCAAGACGUUAUUUUUGAGAAGGUUUUGCCAAAAAUGUAAGGCGUAGUUGUCUACCACGAUUUAAUCGCCGAACCACCCGCGUUCACCAGUACAUACGUUUCUGAUUUCAUUAAGUACUUGAAGGAUAAAGCCUUCGGGAUGGAGAAGCCAGACCCGCUCAAGUCUAAAAUGAGUGAGCACCACUUCAGUGAAGCGCAUUUUGAGAAAAGCCUGAGCAAUCUAAAGAACACUCAGGAGAGCAUUUCAGGGUUGUCCACAUGGUGCUUGCAGCACAAACAGCACCACAAGAAGAUUGUAACCUGCUGGUUCAAGGUCAUGAAAAAAGCUAAAAUGGAGAAUAGGUUGAUCCUAUUUUACUUAGCCAACGAUGUGAUACAAUACAGCAAAAAGAAGAACUAUGAUUUCAUUAAUACUUGGGCACUUUUCCUUCAAAGAGCGGUCACGCUUGUCAGAGAUGACAAGAUUAAAAACAACAUUACAAGGAUAUUCAAAAUAUGGGGGGAGAGAGGAGUCUAUGAUGAAGCGUUCAUAGCUGACCUUUCAAACCUGCUUGACUGCCAGAAAGGAGUUUCCUCUGACACAGCAAAGCUGGUUGCCGAGUUCCAACCACUACGACUUGUCGACAAAAUUAGAGGGUGCAAAAUCUUGGAAGAUGACACAGACUUGAAGUUGAAGCACAUCAAAGACUUCCCCUUGGACCUAACCAAUGCUGACACCCUUAGAUCUAGCCUCAAAGAUCGAAGGCAUGGUGCUGACUUAGUGACUGAAGUCGACCAAGGAAUGGCCAAAAUCCAAUGUUAUGUUGCCUCUUUGAAAGAGGAAAUCAAAGAGCGAGGAAAGCUGAUUGAAUUUCUGGAACAAGGAGAUGUAUUUUAUGAGCACCAAAAAGGAGAGGCGAAAAUUGUGGUCACAGCGUACAAGAACUUUGGCAUCAAAGUCAAGAAACUCAAAAAGAGUGCUGAGGAGUUGUUGCCAACUCUUGCCAGCCCCGUCCCUUCGCCUGAUAUCAACGCACCCUCACCCUCAGGAUCGGAUGACCUGCAGCUUCCUGACCCUCCUGGUCAAGCUGCAGGACAGAAUAACACGCAACUCAAAUACGACUUGCAUACGUUCUCACAAGGAACUCCUGAUAGAGGCAUGGGAAUGGGCAGCUUCAUAGGCUCCAGCAUGACCUUUGACUUUCAGUCUUUCAGGGAACCUCCACCCAAUAUGCCGCCUAUGGACAAUGGAACUCCUAAUAAGCAAAUAGAAGUGAUAGGCAGCAACAAUUCUGGCGGCAAGAAACUCGAAGAUGGAUUCGUGAUUGACGAUUUCCUCAAGUCGCUUAAUCCGACUUCAAACGCGUCGAUGCCGCCAAAACGGCAGCCACCCCUUCCACCUAUGCCGCAGCACAUCGGCGCUCCUCUUCUCAACAACUUCAGCGCACCCCCGCCUCCACCCCCUCCUGAACCGUCCAGGCAGUCUGGCUACAAUCAUAUGGAUGAUCGUCAUGACUGGGAGAUGAACAAGGAGUGGAAAAUGCCACGGAACUCGUGGAACGAUGGCCCAGAGCAUGAUUGGGCAGCUCCUGAGAAAAAGAUGAAAUUUGACGAAGGACCUGUUUCUCCGCCGAUGUUUGAGAAAGAGGGAUUUAAUCAACCUGUACAGUAUGAUGAUAGGACUGGAGUUGUACCUGAGGACAUAGACCACAGAGGAGGAAGAGUGAAAAAGGACAUCGACCACCGUAACCUGAUAAGUCUGACAGGUCCGCUGAACGCUGCCGUAAAACUGAACAGAAUGGGCGCCGAGGACAUGGAUCUGCGCAGCAUUCCACCCCUUCUCAGUAAGAAGGUGGAGCCGCCGCCUGGAAUGCUGAACAAGGAUGUGCGCAGGGACAUGAACAUGGAGAGCGUAGACAUGGAGCUUAGCGACGAGGAGCCCAUCCCCAGCAAGAGGAAAAGGAACGGCUCGGACGGCUCGAAAGGGCCCCUCCUGCCAACGCCCCCGGCUGGCGACGCCCCUGAGUGGAAUCCCCCACCCCCUGGCGCCGAAGAGGAGCCCCAUUUCCCGCCCCAGCCAGAAUUCGAGGACAUGAACGCGCAUGGGCAACUGCCAGGAGGGCCUCCUCCGUUGGCAGAGCCGUUCGGGUGUCUGCCAGAUGAUAUGUUCUCUAGCGAGGGUGCGUUCGGCGAGCCCCCCAUGCACGGAGGCUCGCCAGGUGGCUUCAGUGGACCCUUCAGUGCCGGUCCGUUCAGACCGCGGGCCCCGUACGGAAAGUACAACCCUGGCUACACGCCCGGCUACACGAACCGUGGCACGAUGAUGCGCGGUCCCUCACCGAGGUUCCGUGGACCACUCCCGAUGAGGCCCUUCCGAGGCAACAGAGGCCGUUCAAAUUUCCCCAGAUGGUGAUGGAGUCCUGCAAAUUCACACCUGAACUGUAUUUCCACUUCUUUGUUAUUGAUGCUGUACUUUUUUGUGGAUUUAUUUGUUCCUCGCAAGAGUCGAUGAGCCUCUCAACUCUUAUUUUAGUCAUUUUCUAGACACUGAUGCAAAUAUACCGUUGCCAGUGCGUAUAAUUUGUCACUCUGCACCCCAUUGCCAGGUACGGACAUGGUUUUAAAUCUAGGGAAUAAUUUCCGUGCCAUACAAACGUGACGACAGAUCUAGCAAGGAAACUCCGAAUUUGAUAUCAGUUUUUUUUUUUUUGCAUCAAACGUGUACACUUUUGGUGAUCAUUUCACGAAUAAAAAAGCAGUAAAUGGCCGCCGCACCACCAGCUUAAAUUUUUCUGAUUGUUUUGAAAUUAAGGAGGUCAUUAAUAUUUUGUUAUACUUAUAAAAAUUCAAUUUUUGCUUGAUCUUCAUGGUUUUUGGGAUGUGGCCCCCCAGUACUGGAAAAUAUCGUUUGGUGGGUCAUACUUUCUCAAAAUCUUCCGUUUUCGUUAUAAACUUAAUAUUUAUAUAAUAUUUUAUAGUGUUAAUUGAUUUAUAAAAAAUUAAGGUUCCCUCAAAUUUUCAUAAAUAACAUGUCAAUCGAUUUACCUCACCAAGGGGGUUUCUGCGUCUGCACAGCAAAUUUCAUCAUGAAAAGACACAAUUUUCUAAUUUUUAAAUGAAAAUACUCAUUCUAAGGUUAGGAUUUGGGACUUGUGUCCAAAAAAUUGGGAUAUUUCGGAUUUUAUUGCGAGUCUGAUGCAAAAAAAAAUGUUUUUAAAUUUGGAAAGGUUUUCCUUGUAAUUUGUGUAUUUCGACUGCUCGCCUGUGGUUAAUUUUGGCGUUUUGGUCCAGGUCAGUACAGCUCAUUGUUAUGGAGUGUAAGCGUAAGCACACUAGCACACACCGCAUAAUUAUAUUAUGUCUAUUAAGAUUACAGGUCAUCUGCCUCGUAAACUCUUAACUUACAGUGUAAAAUAAAACGAUACCAGGACA